CAUGUAGCAUCACAUAUUUUCACUUUCUUAUUGUAAACUCUCCAGUUCGUUAAUGCGUUAUCAACUAAGAUUUAUUAACCCAUUCUAAUAUCGUUUGAUUGUCACGAAAAUUCGAUAUUAUCAUUUUCAAUAAUACAUUAAUCAAUUAAUGUCAAAUUUUAAUUUUUUUAUUAACGCAUUACAAUAAGAUAUUGAAUAAUAUUCGUUCUACGAUUUCUUAUUAAAUUAAAUUUUUAACAAAACAACCAUUAAUUGAUAUCGUUUCAAGGAAUUUAUUUAUCUAGACGCUAAUAUGGUGAAAUUGUUUGCUAUGAGUGUGUUGUACAAAGGACCCAAUGAUUCAACGCUAUUGAAGUCUGCAUUUGAACUGCAGUCAUUUGGUUACUUUCAACGUAAAAGUGUGCAGGAAUUCAUGGGAUUUGUAACUAAAACCAUUGUAGAACGCACGGCAACCGCUGCUCGACAAUCUGUAAAAGAAAAAGAAUAUAUGUGCCAUGUUUAUGUACGGGCGGAUAAUUUGGCUGGUGUUCUAAUAUCUGAUGAUGAAUAUCCUCAUCGUGUUGCACAUACACUUCUAACAAAGACAUUGGAUGAAUUUUCUGCAAAAGUUCCAUCACAUAGUUGGCCAAAACUCAACGAAACACAAGUUACAUUCAAUGAACUAAAUGUUAUGUUAGCCAAGUAUCAAAAUCCUAAAGAAGCUGAUGCUAUGACAAGAAUUCAACAAGAUUUAGAUGACACAAAGAUCAUUUUGCAUAACACAAUAGAGGCUGUUUUGGAGCGUGGAGAAAAACUUGAUGACUUAGUUGCCAAAUCUGAAGGCUUAAGUAUGCAGUCUAAAGCAUUUUACAAAACUGCUAAGAAAACGAAUGCAUGUUGUCGAAUGUAAUGAAAUUAAUGGUAACCAAUAUGAUUACUGGUUUAAGUAUAAACCUUUUUUUACUUGGUUAGUCAAUAAAAAUGUGACUACUUAUAAGGAUAUACAAAAAAAAUAUUUAGGCUUAUUAUUAUUACAUUCCGAUCCCUUCCCAAUUUAUAUUUUAUAUUAUAAUCAGGGAAAAAGUGUGUUCAUUACUUUUUAUCCACAUUUGGGGACAUGAUCAAUUUUUUGUAAUAAACACAAUUUAAAAAUAUAUAUUUUAACAACAACAAUAAUGAAUUUAAUUUAAAAUUUAAACCAAUUUGAAAUUAUUUAUUGAAAUAAAAAUCAAUCUUAUUAAUUAUUCUAUUAUUCUAUUUUAAGUAAUAGUAGAUCCAGCUACAUUAAUCUGAUUAAACUAGCUUAGCCAUAAAUAGAAUUAAAUCAAAUGCAUUUUAUCUAUAAUUGAUUUAUUAAUUAUUUUAUAUACCAUAAUAAUAUGUAAAUUAUUAAUUUAUGAAAUAAAAAAUUUAAUUACAUAUACUGGUAAUAGUUAAUUUUCUUUUAUAAAUUAUGAAUGUUUUGUUUAUUUCUGGAUCUGCUUUUUUAACUUGCAAAAGAAAAUUUUUAUAGAAAAUGUUUUUAGUUGUAAAUUAUUGUAAAUGUAUCACAAUUAUCCAUGACAUUCUUUGAUAAAUUAUUGUUUAGUCAUAUGUGAAUUUAUACUUCAGCGGUCAUAUACAUUUUAUUUAAUCUAGUUAAAACAUUAUAGCUGCCAGAGCUUGUAAUUCUCCAAGAAAUGUGGGAUCUUGUGAUUUAAGGAAAAACAAACAUUUAAACAACACUGAUUUAAAUAUAUAUCCAGUCAAUUAUUUUUAACAUCUGUAUUAAAAAGAGAAUUAAGAUAAAAAUAAUUUGAAAAUUUAACUUGAUUUUGCCAUUGCAUAUUCAGAAGUAAUUCUUAAGAUUUUACCAGUUUCUACCAUUUAUAAUUGAAGAAUAUACAUGUUCAUUAAGUGAAGAACCGAGAAACUGUUAAAGCUGUAUUUUUUUUAUUUAUAAUAUUUUAUUGUUGUUAAAAAAAAAAAAAAAAAAAAUUAAAAAAAAAUUAACUUAUUUAUAGUUAAUAAAUUGUUUGAUCUUUUUUUAAUUAUUAUAAUUAUUAAUAGCUUAAAUCAUUUAAUCCAUAAUAGCAGCUAUUCUAUUAUUAUAUUAUGUACAAUGUGACAGUGACGUAUAUAUGAAGGAAGGCCUUGGGACAUGUACUAUACUAAACUUUAGAUUUAAUUUUAAUAUAAUAUGAAAAAUAUAACCAUCACAAUCACAAACAUUUAAUUAGAUCCUAAUGAAAAUAAUUCUUAUAUACGCCACUGCAAUGUGAUGUGGAUGUUUGGAUAUUAAAUAUUGUGAUAUUUUAUGUCAUGUAAUUUUUAACAAAACAGUUUUUUUUACAAUAGAACGGUUUUGUUCCUUGUAUAGGUAUACUUCCUAAUAUUCCCAAAUUAGACCUAAAUGUGGAUUUUUAAUAAAAAAUUUUUUAUGAAUUGUAAUUAUGUAUUUAAUUUCUUUAUUCAAUUUUAAUGUUUUGUAAAAUAGUUUGUUAUCUAUGAAGUUAGUAGUUAUUAUGCUAAAUAUUAUGUAAUAUAUUAAUUAUGGCGUUUUAUUGUUAUAUUUUGUGGAUUAUCCAAAUAUAUAUAAUAUAUUGAAUAUUGA